UGGACCUGCUAGCAGGAGGGAAAUCAUUGUCUGAAAGUCGGCGUCUGAUUUUUCAGUGAAAAUUCGAACCAAGUUUCUUCAGAGAGAUUCUAAAAUGGCUCGAGUGUUAGUGUUGCUCUCUGUGGUGUUGGUGAGUUUGUUCUUUAGCCAAGGCGCGACAUUCGAGAACCAGAGGCUCUUCAACAACGCCGUCAUCCGUGUGCAACACCUUCAUCAGCUGGCUGCCAAGAUGAUGGAUGACUUUGAGGAAGCUCUGUUACCUGAUGAACGCAAACAGCUCAGCAAGAUCUUCCCCCUGAGUUUCUGCAACUCGGACUCCAUCGAAGCUCCGGCAGGCAAAGACGAGACCCAGAAAAGCUCUGUGCUGAAGCUACUGCACACUUCCUACCGUCUGAUCGAGUCAUGGGAGUUCCCCAGCAAGAACCUCGGCAACCCUAACCAUAUCUCUGAGAAGCUGGCUGACCUGAAGAUGGGCAUCGGCGUGCUUAUCGAGGGAUGUCUGGACGGACAGACCAGCAUGGACGAGAACGACGCUCUGGCUCCGCCAUUCGAGGAUUUCUACCAGACCUUGAGCGAGGGAAACCUGAGGAAGAGCUUCCGUCUGCUGUCCUGCUUCAAGAAGGACAUGCACAAGGUGGAGACCUAUCUAAGCGUGGCCAAGUGCAGGAGAUCCCUGGAUUCCAACUGCACUUUGUAGAAUGAGAGAGAGAGAGAGAGAGAGAGAGAGAGAGAGAGAGAGAGAGAGAGAUUGAUUGAUUGACUAGUCACAGUCUGGGAUCUCUCCAGGCAUGACUAUCAUCUUUCUUUCUUUCUUUCUUUCCUUUUGUUUCUUUGGGUUUAAUUUCUGUCUUUAUGUAUUUAUUCUCCUCCAUUCACCUGUUUAACAGAUUUCUCCAUCUCAGCAACCUUAAGGAUGUAACAUAUGGGACCAGUUUCACGAUGGUGCUAUGCAAAUUCAGCUUUAUAUCAAAUAACGAAUAAGAAAAUGGAUUAAACGUAAUUAAUUUAGAAAUGGACGAGGACGCUCCUGGCUAAUGAAUGUAAAAUAUUCAGAGGGUAUAUUUUCCUAUCAAAGUCUAUACUCUUCUAAUUUUAAUUAUGGCCUAUUUCUGUGUGAAGCUUUGACUGUCUCUGUGUGAAAAUCUCUCUCAUUGCUUUUUUGUGGAUUUCCAAUAAACCUAAUCCCUGCAUUAUGAUCUGA